CAACAGCUGAGCUACCAGCAUCCAACUAGACAGACUCCAUUGGCGCACAGCAGCAGCCGCAGCAACCAGACUUACGGCAUACUCUGCUCUAUCAUUCGCACCUCCUUCAUCCAUUCUCGCUAGCCGACACCUUCUUGCGGUCCACGAUAGCGCCACUUGUACACUCGCCCUUGAUCCACUCCCAAGACGGCCGCCUCGGGCACAGCGACUGCAAGGCGCAUAAGCAAGGGCAUAACGAAUGACGCCAUGACAAUUUCAUCUGAUGAGCCCGCGCGAUCGAGUCGCAAAGCCUCAGACAGAUUGCAGGUCUUCAAACACAGCUCGAAGGAACCAGUAGAUGUCGCGCAAGUGCGCCGGGACGCUCGAUUGCAGAGCUCGCAAGCCGUCACUGACGAUGAGCUACCGCGCAGUGUCAAUGAUGCGCACGAGCUGGAACUCGGUGCUAUGCGUUCCCCGUGUUCAGCAGACCAUGUAUCCACUACCACAACAGCAGAGUUCAAGGCACAUGUGCGAAGUUUUCUUCCCUUGGUGGACCUGGCUUCUCCGCCCAUGACCCCGCCAGUCUUUACUACAUCUCCCAUCAGACGGAAAUCUGUUGCGUCUUCGUUCCUUCCUUUUUCUGCACAGCCAGAGCAACGUCCAAGCACAUCUCCUGAUAAAGCAACAGAUGCAUUGAACGGAGAGCGAGAUCCCCUUUCCCCUCAGAUCGCUGGAUUUGAGAGUGAAGUUGAGGCGUUGGACCUAUAUAGCGACACUGAAGUCGCUGACCAAGUAGAGGCCGACGCACACAACGACGACAUCGAAUGGAGCAUAGGUCAUGGACGUGUUCCCGGUGUGGUGUCUCUCAAACCAUUCAAACAUCAGGUAGGCGGGCAUAAUCCAAUCUUUCGCUUCUCUGAGCGUGCAGUCUGCAAACCUUUGGCGAAUAAUGAGAAUGAAUUUUAUGAAACGAUCGAGGAGAAGCACCCAGAGCUACUUCCGUUCAUGCCAAAGUAUAUCGGCGUACUCAAUGUCACUCAUCGCGACACAAUCUCUGGCGCGUCGGAUCAGUCGUCGCAGCCGUUGACGCCUGCACCAGAGGUUGCCUUCGCUCAAAAUAGGCACAUUUUUCCAAGAAACAUGCUGGCAAAAGCAGGAGCUACUCAAGCUGUCGUCGCUGGAAAUAUCGGCGCAACCACAGUCAACCGGAAACUUCAAGAAGAUGUACUACGCGAAGUAUUUGCGCCUUUCCAUCGCUCGAGACACGGUCGACGAUCCGGUGUGCAUCGAAGCACUGGCGAGAUUCCGCAUCAUGGACUUGCGUUUGAUUCAAAUUUGUCAUCUCCUCGCAGAUCCGGGCGCCAUCAGCAGCUCUCUCAGCUUAGGACACUGCCAAGUUCAGCUUCUCUCUCAAGCAUGAACGAAAACAACUUUGAAGAGGAUUCGAAGCUACGCCGUCGGUACUCUAGCGGCCUCCUUUCUCGACUAGCAGAUCAAGUCGAUACCCAAGAAAGAUUUGGCUCAUCGCUUGACGCGCACAAAAGCUCAGUUAGCAACCGAAAUUCGCCGUCCCAAAAGAUCAAUUGCCCUUCGCCAUUGAGUCGCCUAGAUGACAAUGCCAAAACCGACGUCGACGACGACGUUUCAGUCUUCGCAAUGGACGAGAUGGAUCUUGACUCAAUAUCUGAAUGGACCCGGUCAGGGGAUCUGACUGGUAAACCUGUACCCGAUCGCGCGCCUGGACUAGAGCCCCUUUUUACUCGGCCCAAUGUCGCUAACUCAGGCCCUGUCAACCAGACGGACCCCCCGGAAGAUUCUGGCAAGAUUGAGUUGCCCACUUUUGAAAAGGCAAAGUUGACUUGGUCGCAGAAGUGCGCUGAGCGAGACAGAGAUAGGCGCAUGGAAGAGCUGAAACGACAGGAGGGCGACAAUAUGCCAGGUGGCGUCCAUACGCGCAUACAACGCUUCAUUCUGAUCGAAGACUUGACUAAAGGUAUGAAUCGACCGUGUGUACUCGACCUGAAGAUGGGCACUAGACAGUAUGGCACGCAGGCAACGGAAGCAAAGCGCAAGUCCCAGCGCAAGAAGUGUGCAAUGACAACCUCGCGUGAGCUUGGUGUUAGGAUAUGUGGCAUGCAAGUUUGGAACAAAAAAAAAAGGAUGUCCACAUUCCAAGAUAAGUAUUACGGCAGGGAUCUCAAAGCUGGUCGUGAAUUCCAAGACUCCCUCACAAGCUUCCUUCACGAUGGCCGUAGUGUUGAAGAAGGAGGUGGCGUUCUUGUGCACCACAUUCCCAGAAUUCUCACCAAGCUCGCUGCUCUGGAGGAUAUAGUGAAGGGACUCAAGGGAUAUCGCCUCUAUGCUAGCAGUCUGCUCCUUUUGUACGACGGAGAGACCGCUGAGGAAGAAGAAUUCUCGAAAGCAAGAGCUGACCAGCCGACUGCACAGCGACAAAUACCUACUCCUCCGGAAAUCCGCAUCAAAAUUGUAGACUUCGCCAACUGCAUCACCGCCGAGUCUGGCUUCAACUCGGACCCCAGACCUCCGGCGCAUCCAGAAGUUCAUGACGCGGGUUACGUGCGCGGCAUUCGAAGUCUGCGAAUAUAUUUUCAGAGGUUUGUCCCCUCUCUUCUCUUUCCUUGCUAAUAUCAGAAUAUGGGAUGAAGCCGCGAGGCACGAUAGACGUGACCGCGACGAGGUAGCACUCGCGUCUGAGGACAUCCUCCAGAAUUUGGAGGCUGACGAAGGUGAAGUAAGCACUUGAUGUGAGCUUUGCAUAGAGAUCAGUAUAAAUUAGUCUUUGUAAGCUACUGAGCUU